AUGGAGUGGGACGAGAACACGCAGGAUGAGCACGAGUACAUGGAGAAUCCGGACGAAGAGGAACAGAUGGGCGAGGAGGAUUACUAUGAAACCCCGCUGGAAGAGGAUGAGAUGUACAUGCACGACGGACAAGGUGGGUACGAGGACGACGAGCAAAUGCAUCAGUACCAUGGCGCUCAAGGGGCGGCAGAUGGAAGCCAGCAUAUGGGAGCGCAAGGUCAUUCAGCUUCUUCAGGUGGAGGGACAGGCUCGAAUGGAAUGAGCGCGAAUCAUUCUUCCAAAACACCGUGGCCUCGACCUGACUCCCAUAUCCAACAGUCGCAGUCACACCCUCAGCCCACAGGGGGAAAUCAGGCAUCAACAUCUCCUCAGUCGGACGCCCAGAUCGAGAAAACAGUCAAUAGUCAGCUGGUAAGCAGUCUUCAGAGGCAAGGGAAAAGCCAAGCGGAGAUUAAUAGCGUUGUCAAUUUUGCGAACAAUCCCCCGGGCGGUGCUGCUGGGUAG